AUGACGGAUUCUAACCAAUUGUAUGCGCUGACCAACGUUGUCCAACGCUGCUGGACCGAGGCUGCCUUUAAGGAUGUCACGUUGGAGAGCAGCGAUGGAGUGAAGGUCCCUGCAACUCGCGUGGUUCUGGCAGCUCGAAGCGAGGUCUUUCAGGCCAAGCUACUUGGCGAAAACUCGUCAGAAGCUACCGUGAAGAUUGACCUUUCAGGAGCAGUCUUGGAAGCCGUCGUCGAAUUUUGUUACACGGAUAACGCAAGUGUGCUGGAUUGGAAGGCCAAGGCAGCUGCAGGACCAGAUCCCAACUUUAUCCCCACUUUGUUUGGGCUCCAAACGGCGGCUGCGGAAUUCAAGCUACCAGGUCUUUCGGCAACCAUUGGAGACUGCGUGACCAGUUAUUUGGAUCAGUUCCCAACGCUCUGUUAUGGAGCAUACCAGGCCUGGAAGAAUACUGGGCCUGCUGCGUCUACUUCGUCAAAUCUGGGAGGAAUCUUGUUGUCUCGCGUACGAUCUUCACCAAUGGAAGGUUUGAAAGCUACUUCCUUGGUUUCGCUCACUUCAGCCACCACCAAAGAGCUUCUAGAGGACAAGAAAAUGGAAGCUACCGAGCUAGAACUUUUCCAGUUUUUGCAAAAGUGGAUGGAAGCCGGCCCUGGAAGGAAAAAUGAUGCCAUGGACAUGGUCGAGCUAAUUAAACUCCAUGAUAUUGCCCCAACGGUUUUGUCUACCGAUGUGGCAUCCUCUGGUCUUGUCACGCCAGAUCAAUUGAUGGAAGCCUACAAAAAUCAAGCCUUGGCGGCAGCUAGCCAACAACCCGUCAAAUUUGAACGCAGACGCUUUAGUGUCGCUCCCAUGUGGUCCAAGACCAUGUCAGACAUGUCUUCGCCUGCCAAAAGCAACCAAUCUUGGAAAGCCGACACUCUGGAAUUUCCUCCCAUGUCGUCGGGUAAGUACAAGUGGGCCUUGGAAUUUGCGCACGUCGAUGCCGACGAAAUUGGAUUUGCCUGGCUGGGGAUUUCCUCCUCGGCGGUUCCGUUCAAAUCCAACACUCCAUUGGACGAACAAAACGGCUGCUGGGCUGUCAAUGACAGGUGCCGAGGAGUUCACGAGGGUGGUACCGCCUUUGCGGAUUUCGAGCACGAUCUCGGAGAAGGGCAUACUAUCACCUUUACCUUGGAUCUGAGUCCUGAUCAAGAAGAACGUGGAACAUUGAGUGUCCAGGUCGAUGGGAAUGGCCCAUCUCGCUCCCUGGGCAAAUUUGAAAAUCUCCUUGACCACUUGGAGGAAAAUCCUGGUGCUGGUUUUGUUCCAGCGAUGGCGCAACGUGAUGUAUGCGUUAUUAAGGCACUCGGCAUUCCCACAGCACUAGAGUAA